AUGGCUGUUCUGGACAAUGAAAUGUCUGUCUGCGGCGGCCACGAAGAUCUCAGACCAAGACCCGAGGUGGGAAGGCAGAUUGUGAAGAGGAGAACCUUCUCAGGUGUACAGCUGUUUGCCUUUUCGUUGACAUACAUGGCCGUUUGGGAGAGUAUGAUCGGAAAUCUGUACGCGGCGCUCUAUAACGGUGGCCCGCAACCCCUCGUUUUCGGCUUCAUUAUAGUUUUCCUUGGUGCCAUGUCGCAGGCGGGUUCCAUCUGUGAGAUGGCAUCAAUGAAGCCGGUUGCCGGUGCACAGUAUCAAUGGACCUCUGAUCUUGCGCCUGAGAGAUGCAGAACCUUUGCGGCAUGGCUGCAAGGUUGGUCGACAUGGUUCGGUUACAUGUCGAUUGUGGCAGGCAUGGCCAAUGUCACAAUCAUAUUUCUGCAAAGUAUUGUGAAGCUUAAUUAUCCCGACUUUGUUCCUGGUGGAUGGAAAACCUCCGUUCUUGUCAUUUUCAUGUUCACAAUCAUCGGAGCUGUGAACAUCUUUGGCUUCAAACUCAUUCCCUGGAUCGAGAUGGUAGCCGGCGUAUUGCACGUUGCCUUGUUUAUUGUCAUCGCCGUCGUCCUCGCUGUCUCCGGAACACGGAACAGUGGUGUCUUUUGGCUCUCGAAAAAUUCAUCUUCCGGAUGGCAGGAUGGAUUUGUCUCGUGGAAUAUGGGUAUGGUGGCAAGCGUUUGGGCUUUCACAGGCUUCGAUGGCGCCAUGCACAUGAGUGAAGACACGCGCAAAGCCAAAUCUGCCGUACCUCAAGCGAUAUUCUGGUCCAUCGUGUUGAACGGCAUCCUUGGAUUUUGCAUGGUUAACGUCCUUGUCUUGACUAUGGGUUCGCCGGAGGAGGUCCUUGCGAUGGACAAUCCGAUCAUCGCCAUUCUCAUGCGCACCACCGGGUCAAAGGCUGCUACUACAGUUUUGAUGUCAGCGUUUUCCAUAGUCAACCUCAGCUGCAACAUAGCGAACGUUGCUAGCGUCUCCCGUCUAACAUCCGCUUGGGCGCGAGAUGAUGGAUUGCCAAGACAACUUUCCUUUAUCGAUGAAACAAGGAAUGUCCCUAUCAAAGCAGUAUGCCUCACGGCUGUCAUCCCGAGCGCGCUCUGUCUGCUCAAUAUUGGAAAUGGCCCUUACAUCGCCUUUGGAGCCUUGACGUCGCUCUCGUCAAUCUCCCUAUAUACCAGCUAUGCCAUUGCUAUUGCGAGCAUGUUGUAUGCCCGCUUCAUCGGGUCCGUCAAACUCGGUAAGUGGAACCUUGGACGAUGCGGAGUGUAUGUCAACACUUUCGCGCUGGCAUUCACCUUGUACGUCAUGGUGUUCUUGCCUUUUCCUUCCACACUUCCUGUCACUCCAUCAAACAUGAAUUACUGCGGGCCGUUGAUGGUGUCCGUGCUCGUAAUGGUGGUUCUGUACUGGUUUAUAAGGGCUCGGAACAAUACAUGGAAGCGGCCAGACGAUGGGAUUGCGCGUCGGGUCAUGGAAACGGACGAAAUUUGA